AUGGAGGAGUCUGUUACUAAGGAGGAACUUGCUCUCUGUCUGACACCUGAGGUAAAAGCUAUAAUCAGAAACACACAAACACAAACAACUCAGAAGGAUACCUACCACGGUUACCAGAGCAACGGUAACCAAUGUCGACAGGAGGCUGUAAUGUGGGACACAGAAAGCAAAGACCUGAAGAGUCUUAAAAACACCUCAACUCCAUUCAGCCAGAACAUAUUUGUGUUGGUUUUGAUUGCUUUCUCUUGCCUUUUUUUUACCAUGAAUCACUUCAUUCAUUCUCUCCCCGCUCAUGUUGCUGUUUUCAUUGUUAAUUUCUCCGUUGGUUUUGGUUGGAGGGGAGAGCUUGUUGCCGGGGACACAGCGGAUUGGGAAGGUGUAACCUGAGGUUAUACAGAGACCAUGUUUAGUUGUGGGGCUCAACUGAAUCCUGGCCUUGAGUUGUGUUGAAUUCUGAGGCGUGACAAUUGGUAGUGUGUGUGUGUGGAAUUAUGAGAUUCCAGAGAUGUGCUGUAGUAUAUGAGUGUUUUGUGGGAUGAAAGGAAUGUGAUCUGUUUGUUCUCCUCUUACCUUAGGAUGAGGUGCACUCCAUGUCCGAAUCUCCCCCCACCUUCAAACCCCCACCCCCUCCAGUGCUGCAGAGGCUCCCCAGCAGACGAGACCAGGUCAAAAAACGCCCUUCCUCCGAAUCCUCCUAUUCUAGACUCUACUUCACCGCCCCCUCCCUUAACCCACUCAAGGACCAGUUGGGGGACCAAGGGCCCCCAGCCUCACCCAAGGUCCCCCCAAAAAAUAAUUCCUCUGUCCCCCAUAAGAGGGACCCCUCCGUCCCCCAUAAGAGGGACCCCUUCGUCCCUCAUAAGAAGGAGAUGGCAACUGCCAAGCUCUCCAUGGUCGACAAGCACCCCAUAGGCCCCUUCCCUAGAGUCCAGUCCCCUACUAGGACCACCAAACCGUCCACCCCCUCCCCAUCUCUACCCCCUCCCCCUCCGCUCCCUGCUCCAUCCACACCCCCUCCCCUUCCCCACAGCCCGGACAAGGCCUCCCCUGGCUCCAACAAACAGCACUUUGUCAUGGUGGAGGUCCACAGGCCCAAUGCAGAGUCUGACGUCAACGAGUUGCGGUUUAUGCCCCAGGCACGAGGUAAGAGGCAUGGAGGACAGCCGAGAUUACUGGAGGGGGUAGGUUGGAGGAAAAGCUGGAGUUGGACUCCGAAAACCAUGAGAACAGAUUUGGACGCAAAGGAUUGGUUGCACAAAUAAGAGGAAGUGCAUGUUUAUGUGUAAUCAUGGGUAUAUGUAUUUCUACCUGAGUGUGUCCCUGUGCCAGUCUCUAACCUCCUGCACCCAUCCCCUCCAAGGUGCCACCCUGUCCCAGCUGUCAGACAGUGGACAGACACUGAGCGAGGACAGCGGGGUGGACAUUGGCGAGUCGGGACAUCUCAGCAAGGAAAGCAGUCCCCGCACACGCUCCCUACGAGACCCCCAGGGGGCAGGAGGGGACAGCACCGCCAAACCGGUGAGGAGGACACACCAGCGGGGAGAAAGACGACACAGAAAGAGAAAAGAGGGAGAUGUAUGGAGGGACAAAUGGAUGGAUGGGUGGAUGAAUGGAUAGAUGGAGCUGAAAGUGAGGGAUGACAAGAAGAGAAACAGACAAACAGAGCUGGGUUGUCCUCUGUCACUGCUCACUCUGUCUUGAAGCUUGUUCUCAAUCCUAACUGUGAUUUCUUUCUGUUUUAUUCUUUCUUUAUGCACAUAUAUAGUUUUUCUUUCUUUGCUCAUUGAUAAAUGUUUGUCCUUUCAAUGAUUUCUCAUCCAUUCAAUCACUUGUCCAUCUCAUCUCAUACUGCACUAGAGGUCUCUUGUUUCCUCUGGCUGUCUCUUUAUGGUUAUUGCUGAUUGGUGGUUAGGUAGUGGGGAAAUUGUUGAUUGGUUCCAAUCUUCAUGGGUGGACCAAUGGGUAACAAAGGUGCAAAAGAAAAGAUUACAUGGGUCUCCAGGGUGAAUAUUUGAGUAAAAAGCUGAGUUAUAUUAUGCCCCCUUUCUUCUCUCUCUCUCUCUCUCUCUCUCUCUCUGCAGCUGGGUCUCUUGGAGCCCACCUCCACACUGGUGAGGGUGGCAAAGAGUGCCAGCACCCUGGGCAUCGCCAUCGAAGGGGGUGCCAACACUCGCCAGCCCCUACCACGCAUCGUCACCAUACAGGUGGGUCUCAAACGGCCUAGCAUACCCCCUCAUGCCCCUCACCCCUCUCACCUCUCCCUUUUCAAGUCAUCUCCGAAAUGACAGCUUGCCAGACAAUCUGCACCUGUCAGAAUUGAUCUAGCCACGGUACUCUGUGUUCUGCAACUCUGCGCUGUCAUUGGCCCGUGCCGCCUUCUCUUCCACACAUGGCUACACAACACAGCCUUUGUCAGAUCAGUCUGUGGUUUUACACUGGAAGAGAACUCAAACUUAGAGACCUGGCUGCCAUGCCAUUGUUCCUCCACUCCAGAGGACUGGCAGCUUUUCCAGGGAUGAUUAUAACCUUUAGAACAGACUCCAUCACAGGGCUCUGACGCUCAGAGGGCCUGAGACAGUGAGACAAUGCCAGGCAAUUAUAAAUGCGGCAUGUUCCGUGUUUUAAUGGUAUGCUUGUGAAAAACCACUGCAAAGAGGGAGGGGUUUACACUUAAAUAUUACAGUAGCCAUAGCAACAGGGUCAAAGAUCAACCCUGUGAUGUCGUGACUAAGGUAAGAUGUCCGUGGGUGUACUACUAGAGGGUGGCUAGUUCAAGUCCAGCUCAGGUAAAUAUCGCCUUUUACCCUUGCCAGGUGCUUGACAUGAAUGUCUAACUGUAAGAGUACAUCAAAAAUGUUUUUUUGGGUUCCAAGCACCCUUUCAUUUGUUUAAUCAAGAGGAUAAGAGUUGACCAUGUUCUCUCCCUUUACCUGAAAGAGUACAUCCACUGAGAGCAGUGACUGUUAUGUGAAAUAAAGGGGUUGUCACUUUGGCUGAAGGCCACAUCUAAGUAAGAACUGAGGGUAAUAACACCGUACCUUGCUGUAGCUCUGCUCUGCUCAGGUCUGUCUGUGUCUCUUUUGAUUAGCCUAAAGAGUGAGGAGAGAGGAGGGCUGGGGAGGGAGCUGUGCUGUACUGUGGAGUUCAGAGAACCACUGAAAGCCCCCCGCUCAAAAGAUGCUUUGGUGAGAGACUAAUAAAAAAUAAUAGAGCCGCUGAUUGCGAGGGGAGCGACAAAGGCACUGGCUGGGAAAUCAGCAUAUUCAAAAUCAAAGAGAGCAAGGCGGAGAGGGAGAGAGGGAACGAGGGAGGGAGGGGAGAGAGAUAUACAGAGAGAGAUGGAAGAGAAGAUGGUACACUGGGUUAACAAUAAAGGGGAUUCGACUGAGAAAGGGUGCAGAGAAGGGGAGGUAGGGGAGGAAGAGAGAGAGAGGGAGGCAAGCGAGCGAAUGACAGACAGGCAUGAGAGGUUUUAAUUCCAUUGCCAUAGCGCUCCUCAUCAACGGCUGGAAAUGCACAGACAAAAGGCAUGAGCCAUGAGAUACGCGCCUUUCUCUCUUAUGUCUCAUCCCCCUUCCUCUUUAUUCAUCUGUUUUCUCUUUCCGCUAUCUUAGGAGAGACGGACAAGGUAUCCGAGCACGCUCGCCAACCAGGUUGAUUUUCAUAUCAAUGUAGCGUUGCCACGUACCCCUGCCAUGACAUCACAGUGUCCCCAAUCAGUCACAGGGGAUAGGGACUCGUCAGCAUCCUAAUUGGUUGGGGGGUUGGAUGGUCCUGGCCCAAUCACAACAUCUCCCAUUCCACUGUACGUUCCACUGUACCUCUAAUAGCUGUCUUACAGUGCAUUCGGAAAGUACUCAGACCCCUUGACUUUUUACACAUUUUGUUACGUUACAGUCUUAUUCUAAAAUUGAUUAAAUAAAUACAAAUUCUCAGUAAUCUACACACAAUACCCCAUAAUGACAAAGCGAAAACUGUUUUUUCAGACCAUUUGCUAUGAGACUCGAAAUUGAGCUCAGAUGCAUCCUGUUUCCAUUGAUCAUCCUUGAGAUGUUUCCACAACUUGAUUGGAGUCCACCUGUGGUAAAUUCAAUUGAUUGGACAUGAUUUGGAAAGGCACACACCUGUCUAUAUAAGGUCCCACAGUUGACAGUGCAUAUCAGAGAAAAAAACAAGCCAUGAGGUUGAAGGAAUUGUCCGUAGAGCUCCAAGACAGGAUUGUGUUGAGGCACAGAUCUGGGGAAGGGUACCAAAAAAUGUCUGCAGCAUUGAAGGUCCCCAAGAACAUAGUAGCCUCCAUCAUUCUUAAAUGGAAGAAGUUUGGAACCACCAAGACUCUUCCUAGAGCUGGCCGCCCGGCCAAACUGAGCAAUCGGGGGAGAAGGGCCUUGGUCAGGGAGGUGACCAAGAACCUGAUGGUCACUCUGACAGAGCUCUAGAGUUCCUUUGUGGAGAUGGGAGAAACUUCCAGAAGGACAACCAUCUAUGCAGCACUCCACCAAUCAGGCCUUUAUGGUAGAGUGACCAGACGGAAGCCACUCCUCAGUAAAAGGCACAUGACAGCCCGCUUGGAGUUUGCCAAAAGGCACCUAAAGACUCUCAGACUAUGAGAAACAAGAUUCUCUGGUCUGAUGAAACCAAGAUUGAACUCUUUCGGCUGAAUGCUAAGCGUCACGUCUGGAGGAAACCUGGCACCAUCCCUACGGUGAAGCAUGGUGGUGGCAGCAUCAUGCUGUGGGGAUGUUUUUCAGCAGCAGGGACUGGGAGAGUAGUCAGGAUCGAGGAAAAGAUUAACGGAGAAAAGUACAGAGAGAUCCUUGAUGAAAACCUGCUCCAGAGUGCUCAGGACCUCAGACUGGGGUGAAGGUUCAGCUUCCAACAGGACAACGACCCUAAGCACACAGCCAAGACAACGCAGGAGUGGUUUCGGGACAAGUCUCUGAAUGUCCUUGAGUGGCCCAGCCAGAGCCCGGACUUGAACCCGAUCAAACAUCUCUGGAGAGACCUGAAAAUAGCUGUGCAGCAACGCUCCCCAUCCAACCUGACAGAGCUUGAGAGGAUCUGCAGAGAAGAAUGGGAGAAACUCCCCAAAUACAGGUGUGCUAAGCUUGUAGCGUCAUACCCAAGAGGACUAGAGGCUGCCAAAGGUGCUUCAACAAAGUACUGAGUAAAGGGUCUGAAUACUUAAGUAAAUAUAUAUAUAUAUAUAUAUAUUUUAUUUUUUUAAAUUAGCAAACAUUUCUACAAACCUGUUUUUGCUUUGUCAUUAUGGGGUAUUGUGUGUAGAUUGAUGAGAGAAAAAAAAAACAAUUUAAUCAAUUUUAGAAUAAGGCUGUAACGUAACAAAAUGUGGAAAAAGUCAAGGGGUCUGAAUACUUUCCGAAUGCACUGUAUAUCAGCUCAUAAAACAUAGGCCUAUUUGGGAGCAGUAUAAUGGUGAGUGGACAUUCUCCCUUUCUAUGUAUAUUGGAUCUUUAUCCAGCUACUGUGAAAAGUUUGGAUGUGCGUAAAACCCUAAAUAGUCUGCGUUGUUUUCAUAUUAUAUGCCCAAAGGGGGAAAUGAUGGUGCCAGUAAGUAUGACAUAGCCUAUUUAAAACAAGUUGUUGUUUCGUUUUGUUUACAAUUUGAUUAGAAUUAUUAGUUCUAUUUUUAGGCCUUUUCAAUAAUUAAUUUAAUCUUGCUUAUUGACAAUGUUUUGCAUGUCCAUGUUCAGCCAUAAUACAAUUUACAAUAGGCCUAGCCCCUAUAUCAGUGUGUAUGCUAUUGAAGCCAUACAAUUAGUUAGAACAAUGUGGACUGCAAAUGGGUUAACGAAUUUAGCAAAGACAGGUCUACAUUUUGUUAUUACGUUUCUGUAAGCCAUUUACCAAACUAUAACGGACUAACAUUGGAAUUGGAGUUGAUUCCAAGGCAAUACAUAAAAGACCGUAAAUACACAACUUGAUGCAACCACAUAUUUCGCCAUGGAGCAUGUUCUGAUUGGCCAGUGAGAGGCCAAGCCUCCACACACCCACAACUUGUUAAUUAAUCAAAACCCUGCCCUUUCGCAGCAACGCCAGCAAGUGCGCUGAUAAUUGUGAUAGUGAAAAUAGCAAAAAUAUUUCUGACACGACCCUGAACCUAUAACGUUACCGCCUGUGCUUAGAUUUACCACUGCGUUAGGUUUGUUCAAGUAGAGCCCUAUGUCUCUGGCUCAGCGGUACAAGCCAUAUCAAUCAUUGUAACCAGAGUACAGGUCACAUCAUACCCUAGCAACAUUCCUGAAUGAUUACUUACUCACACGAUAUUCACACUAAUACACAAAUACAUGAUAUAUCUUGGGUUAGUUACCAGUAUCUUUGGUUUUACUCUUGUAGAAGCUUUAGUCUCUCAGGUCAUCACAGUCCAUGAUGUUGUGAACGUUCCAAAUGACACCGCUGUGGACACUAUCACCAUCACUCUCUAUCACACUCCAUGAGCUGCUGCUGCUGCAGUCCCUAUCACAGCCAUAGCCGCGGGAAGAUAUGUGGGGGUGAAAAAAUGUUUUUUUGCCCGCGCUACAGACAGCUGUAUCGGUCCACUAAUAAAGGACUAGUAAAGGCCCAGUGCAUGACUUUUGUGAAAAAAUUAAAUGUGGAAAAAUAAGAAUAACUUGCCUGCGCUACAGACAGAUAUAUCGGUCAGCUAAUACAGUACUAGUAAAGGCCCAGUGCAGUACUUUUGAGAAGAAAAAAAAUAUUUAUAUAAAAAAUAUAUAUUUAUUUAGAUUUUUCAGGGGGUGCUGCAGCACACUCAGCACCCCUACUUCUUGUGGCUAUGAUCACAGCCAUCUCCAUGUCCCUCCAGUGGCUGGGGGUAAUUGUGGCCGGCUCAGUAAAUAAGAGAACUGAUAAUGCUCUAAAUAACAAAACUGAUAGUGAUAAUUAUGCUGAUAAUGCUGUGCUCCACUGCAGGCUGAGCGGCAUUUGAAACCCCUCUAACUGCAGAUAAUGAGGUCAGUGUAGUGCCAGGACAAUGACCUCUCCCUUAAUGUCAGCAAUAAAAAGGAGCUGAUCGCGGACUACAGGACAGGGCUGUAGUGGAGCGGGUCGAGAGCUUCAAGUUCAUCUGUGUCCACAUCACUAAGGAAUUAACAGUUGUGAAGAAAGCACGACAUCGCCUCUUCCCCCUCAGGAGGCCGAAAAGAUUUGACAUGGGCCCUCAGAUCCUCAAAAUGUUAUACAACCGCACCAUUGAGAGCAUCUUGUGGUCCUCUGUAGCUCAUCUGGUAGAGCACGGCACUUGUAACGCCAAGGUAGUGGGUUCGAAAAAUGUAUGCACGCAUGACUGUAAGUCGCUUUGGAUAAAAGCGUCUGCUAAAUGGCAUAUUAUUAUUUAUAUUUAUCUUAACUGGCUGCAUCACGCUUGGUAUAGCAAGUGUUUACGGCCCAGUACAUCACUGGGGCCGAGCUCCCCGCCAUCCAGGACCUCUAUACCAGGCGGUGUCAGAGGAAGACCCAAAUUAUUGCCACCCAAGUCAUAGACUGUUCUCUCUGCUACCGCACGGCAAGCGGUACUGAUGCACCAAGUCUGGAACCAACAGGACCCUGAACAGCUUCUACCCCUCAGCCAUAAGACUGCUAAAUAGUUAACCAAAUAGCUACCUGGACUAUCUGCAUUGACCCUUUUUGCACCAACUCUUUUGACUCAUCACAUACGCUUCUGCUACUGUUUAUUAUCUAUCCUGUUGCCUUGUCACUUUACCCCUACCUAUAUGUAUAUAUCUACCUCAAUUACCUCGUACCCCUGCACAUCGACUCGGUACUGGUACCCUGUGUACAGUUGAAGUCGGAAGUUUACAUACACCUUAGCCAAAUACAUUUAAACUCAGUUUUUCACAAUUCCUGACAUUUAAUACUAGUAUAAAUUCCCAGUCUUAGGUCAGUUAGGAGCACAACUUUAUUUUAAGAAUGUGAAAUGUCAGAACAAUAGUAGAGAUAAUUAUUUCUUUCAGCUUUUAUUUCUUUCAUCACAUUCCCAGUGGGUCAGAAGUUUACAUACACUCAAUUAGUAUUUGGUAGCAUUAUCUUUAAAUUGUUUAACUUGGGUCAAACGUUUCGGGUAGCCUUCCACAAGCUUCCCACAAUAAGUUGGGUGAAUUUUGGCCCAUUCCUCCUGACAGAGCUGGUGUAACUGAGUCAGGUUUGUAGGCCUCCUUGCUCGCACAUGCUUUUUCAGUUCUGCCCACAAAUGUUCUAUAGGAUUGAGGUCAGGGCUUUGUGACGGCCACUCCAAUACCUUGACUUUGUUGUCCUUAAGCCAUUUUGCCACAACUUUGGAAGUAUGCUUGGGGUCAUUGUCCAUUUGGAAGACCCAUUUGCGACCAAGCUUUAACUUCCUGACUGAUGUCUUGAGAUGGUGCUUCAAUAUAUCCACAUAAUUUCCCUUCCUCAUGAUGCCAUCUAUUUUGUGAAGUGCACCAGUCUCUCCUGCAGCAAAGCACCCCCACAGCAUGAUGCUGCCACCUCCGUGCUUCACGGUUGGGAUGUUGUUCUUCGGCUUGCAAGGACCCCCUUUUUCCUCCAAACAUAACGAUGGUCAUUAUGGCCAAACAGUUCUAUUUUUGUUUCAUCAGACCAGAGGACAUUUCUCCAAAAAGUACGAUCUUUGUUCGCAUGUGCAAUUGCAAAUCGUAGUCUGGCUUUUUUAUGCUGUUGUUCUGGGAUUGAUUUGCACUUUUUGCAUCUAAGUACUUUCAUUUCUAGGAGACAGAACGCAUCUCCUUCCUGAGCGGUACGACGGCUGCGUGGUCCCAUGGUGUUUAUACUUGUGUACUAUUGUUUGUACAGAUUAACGUGGUACCUUCAGACGUUUGGAAAUGUCUCCCAAGAAUGAACCAGACUUGUGGAGGUCUACAGAAAUUGUUCUGAGGUCUUGGCUGAUUUCUUUUGAUUUUCCCAUGAUGUCAAGCAAAGAGGCACUGAGUUUGAAGGUAGGCCUUGAAAUACAUCCACAGGUACACCUCCAAUUGACUCAAAUGAUGUCAAUUAGCCUAUCAGAAGCUUCUAAAGCCAUGACAUCAUUUUCUGGAAUUUUCCAAGCUGUUUAAAGGCACAGUCGGCAAGCGGUACUGUCAACUUAGUGUAUGUAAACUUCUGACCCACUGGAAUUGUGAUACAGUGAAUUAUAAGUGAUAUAAUCUGUCUGAAAACAAUUGUUGGAAAAAUUGCUUGUGUCAUGCACAAAGUAGAUGUCCUAACCGACUUGCCAAAACUAUAGUUUGUUAACAAGACAUUUGUGGAGUGGUUGAAAAACGAGUUUUAAUGACUUCAACCUAAGUAUAUGUAAAAUUCCGACUUCAACUGUAUAUAGCCCAGUUAUCGUUACUCAUUGUGUAUUUAUUCAUUGUGUUAUAAUAUUUUAAAUUUUAUUUAUUCUAUUUUUCACUCUGCAUUGUUGGGAAGGACCCGUAAGUAAGCAUUUCACUGUUAGUGUACACCUGUUGUUUACGAAGCAUGUGACAAAUACAAUUUUAUUUUAUUUGAGCUGAGGGAACAGUGGGGAGAGAUGAGAUCACAAAGGUCCUUUUGCUUCCUGGUUCGUUAGCAAUCGUAACGGUGGCAAUGCGCCAACGAGUGUUUGUCGUCUGUUUGUGCUCUCUUUAUCACAAAUAAAUGUUCUAGGUCUUGCUCUCUCUCUCUCUCUCUCUGUCUCUCAGAGGGGCGGUUCGGCGUAUAACUGCGGGCAGCUGCGAGUGGGUCAGGUGAUCCUGGAGGUAAACGGGGUUUCCCUGAGGGGCCGGGAGCACAGGGACGCAGCGCGCCUCAUCGCCGAGGCUUUCAAGACCAAAGAGCGGGACCACAUGGAUUUCCUGGUCACAGAGUUCAACGUGGCGCUGUAG